AUGUGUGACAACCGAAGCUGUAUGAAUGGUGUCAAAUUAGAAAAAGGAAAGGAUAUUUUAUGUAAGUGCGAUGAUGGCUACAGCGGUGAGGAGUGUCAGCUAAGAAUUCGAUCUUUUGAUGGUCAUUCGUCUUCGAUAAAUUUCCCGCAUAAGCAAAAAAUUGCGAGUCUGAGCCUGGAAUUUCGAACUGCAAACCCGUCCUCCUUGUUGCUGAGCUCGUUUUCAAUUGGCAAUUCCGGAAUCCAUCUAUUCUCGUUGAUACUGAAGAAUGGUCAAGUGCAUCUCAUUUCGAGUUCAAGAGGCAAGAAAAAGGAACUAGCGGUCGAAGAAAAAGUGAAUGAUGGCUCAUGGAAAAGGAUUCGUUUACGAUCAAAGCGACGUGCGGUGAAGUUGACAGUGGAAAAAUGCGACGAAGCUGGAUUCUGUGAACCGUGCAAAAACAAUCGUUGCGUAGCUAUUGCGAGUGAUUUUGAGUAA